ACGGCGGGAGCUAGGGAGAGGGAGGAGCCGCGGAGCCAGGCGGAGGGUAAGGGCGCCGCUGGCCGGCCCGCGGGGCCCUCUCCGCACCCCUCUCGCUGAAGUUCGAAGAGGAAUUGGCAGGCCUGGCGGGGGCUCCGGAACGGGCAUGCACAGUGCUCGGCUUGACAGUUUCCUGGGCCAGCUCCGCUGGGAACUGCUGUGUGGCCGGGACACAGACUCACCCCCAAUGCCUGGCCCCCUUCCGCAACCCCCCAAACCUGGCCCAGGCAUGCGGCUCAAGCACCGGCUCAGGGCCUCAGAUGCCUUGGAAGAGGACUCAGCCUGUGGUGUGGAGGAAGAGGAGGAAGAAGCUGUGGUGACAGGAGACAGGGGUGCAGCCUUGGGGGGCCCCAGGGAGCAUGCCCUAGACUGGGACUCUGGCUUCUCAGAGGUGUCAGGCAGCACAUGGAGAGAGGAAGAGCUGCCUGUACUCCAGCAUCCACCACCCUCAGCAUGGCCCACCCGUAGACAGCGCCUCUCGGCCAGUGGCAUCCCCCUGCCUGGCAGAGCUCCUGCGGCCAGUGUACCACCUGCCCACCGACCACGGCCCAAGUCCACCCCAGAUGCCUGCCUGGAGCACUGGCAGGGGCUGGAAGCUGAGGACUGGACAGCAGCCCUGCUUAGCAGAGGUCGUAGUCGCCAGCCCCUGGUGCUGGGGGACAACUGUUUUGCUGACUUGGUGCACAACUGGAUGGAGCUGCCCGAGGCAGCAGGUGAGGGGGACAGUGGGGGUGGGCCCCGUGCCCGUGCUCGGCCCCCCCAGUUCCUGCUUGGCCUCUCUGAGCAGCUGCGGCGCCAGCUGGCCAGGGCACGCCGGGCAGCAGUGGCAGGAAAGCGACUGUCAUGCCCACCUCGCCCGGAACCCGAACUGCCUGCAGAUGUCUCACGCUUUGCAGCCCUCAUGAGUUGCCGCAGUCGCCAGCCCAUCAUCUGCAAUGAUGUUGUCAGCUACCUCUGACCCUGCCCUCCAGCCUGGGACAAUAAAGGCCUUUCUCUGCACUGUCCUGGUUCCAUACCCCUGAGGCUCCAGGAGGCAGCCUCAGUCCUGCAAGGCACAACUCAGGCAGGCGAAU